AUGGCCGUGGUGCAAGCCGGCAUGGGCCUCGGCCGCCUCGUCCUCCUCGUCGGCAUCGGUGCUGUCGGCGGCCCCAUCGCUGCCCGCAGCGGCAAACUCGGCGAGCUCCUCCGCGAUCUUCAGGAGUCUCUUCGCGAGAAGGGGGCAGGAUUGGAAUCGGCCGCCGUCAACGACGACAUUAACAUAGUGGCUAAAGCACUUGCUAAAUUGACCAAUGAGGUUCAUCACAUCGCGACAAGACCUAUUAUUCAAGUGGAUACAGGAAACGGAGGAGCUGGAUCAGCUUUGAUAGUACCUGCUGCUGCUGUAGGGACAGUCGGCUACUGUUACAUGUGGUGGAAAGGAAUUUCCUUCUCUAGCUUGAUGUAUGUCACUAAACGCAAUAUGGCUAAUGCUGUUGCAAGCAUGACUAAGCAUCUGGAACAAGUGCAGAGCUCUCUUGCUGCUGCUAAAAAGCACUUAUCACAGCGCAUUCAGCACGUGGAUGAUAAAUUGGAACAGCAGAAGGAGAUUUCGGUGCAAAUAAGAGAUCAGGUUACUGGUGCAAAGUUGAAAAUCAAGAACAUUGGAUCAGACAUGGAUAACAUAAAAAAUAUGGUUAUGGGCCUGGAUGAGAAGAUGGAUUCAAUUGAAGCAAAACAGAAUUAUUCAUGUGUGGCGGUGGAUUAUCUCUGCCAAUUCAUAGAAAAAAGGGUUGACAAGCUACCGGAACAGCUGGAAGGAUUGCAACAAACAGUAAAGCGCAUCGGAUACAAGAGCUCAGAGUUGCCACCGGGGCUGGGGGGGUUCGGGCAACUGCUGUCCACCGAAUCAGCGAACCCUUGCAGUAGAAGAAUGCUUCGAUCAGCAGGCCUGAACUCGGCACGUCUGAUUCUGCCUUGA